AUUCCAGGGAGGUCGUGGAGUUUCCCUCUCUGGAGACAUUCAAACCCUGCCUGAAUGUGUUCCUGUGUCACCUGCUCGAGGUGACCCUGCCCCAUCAGAGGGGUUGGACUGGUUGAUCUCCAGAGGUCCCUUCCAAUCCUAAUGAUUCCAUGUGCUCGCCUGCGGAGAAGGGGAGACUCUGCUGGAACCAAGACAGGGAUGCCUGAGCUGGCACGGAGAAAGAGCCAUGGUUAGGCUGCCCUUUUUUAUGGGUGUUCAUGCUGCUGGAACUCCAAACCCUACACCCAGUACAUCUCUGCACACUUGACAGUGUAGUGUGUUUGCACCCUCAUCUAAUGUAUUGGUGCCUGCCAAACUCACAGCUCCUUCUGGCCAAGCUCUGCUUAGCUGCACAAGCAGACAUUUUUCAGGAAUUUUCUGUUCAGGAGGAAUCAGUGAUCUUCCGCAUUAGUUUGUCUGUUCUUCUGGACUGCCUUACCAUUUUUGGAACCAGCUCCUUACCAGGAACAUCAACGGCCCUUAGAAUGUGUUAUCAUGGUUAUGGGUAUCCCCUGAUGCUGUUCUUGGAAGAAGGAGGAGUAGUAACAGUGUGCAAAAUCAACACUCAAGAACCUGAUGAAUUGUUAGAUUUUGACUUCUGCAGUACAAAGGUUGUUAAUAAAAUUAUCCUGCAGUCAGAGGGACUACGAGAAGCAUUUGCUGAACUGGAUAUGACCAGUGAAGUUCUGCAGAUUACUAUGUCUCCAGAUAAACCCUACUUCAGGUUAUCCACUUUUGGAAAUGCUGGAAGUGCACAUCUAGACUACCCUAGGGACUCUGAUUUGGUGGAAGCAUUCCACUGUAACCAGACCCAGACAAACAGGUACAAGAUUUCUUUGCUUAAACCAUCCACAAAGGCACUGGCGUUGUCUUGUAAAGUGUCCAUUCGAACAGAUGCUCAAGGAUUUCUUUCACUGCAGUAUAUGAUUAGGAAUGAAGAUGGACAGAUCUGUUUUGUGGAAUACUAUUGUUGCCCUGAUGAGAACAUCACUGAAGCAGAACUGUAGGUGUGUGUGCUGGCAUCUGUAAUAUACUGUUGGGUAGAUGAAAUAUUAUAUAUUUUUUAAAAAACUAAAUGAAAGCUGUAAAGUUUGAUAGAGCUAAUAUUGUAUUUAUUUUUUAACUCUGGAAUAAGAAACCUGAAGACUUUAAUUUUCUUCCACUGCAAACAUUUCUUAGCCUUGACUCAAACUGAAGCUGAAGAAGCAGAAAAGGGAGUUGAUGUCCUAUAGACACUGCUUCCAGCACAGAUGCUAAAGUGCUGUUUGUGUAAUACAUUGAUGCUUUUUACAGUGUUCUCCAAGAAUUUUUGUUUGUGUUAAGUUUUUUUUGUCUUUGGCUUCUAGUAAGCAAUUACACAAGGGAAAAGCUGAAUACUAGUUGAAUAUUAGCCAGUUAACUUUCAGUGACUGAAAACCAAAUUUGUCUUGAAAGAGAACAAUAUUUGCAAACUGAUCUCUUAAUUUGCCAGCAGAUGGUUUCUUGCUGGCAAAUGCUGACAUGUUUUGUCAAUUAAGCCACUAGGCUUUGCCUCAUCUUGGUUAAUUCUUACUAUAACUCAAUUCCUUGGAAUUCUGUCUGACACCAAUUUACCAUUUUGUCUGCAAACUGUUGUUGAAUUGGUAAAUUGAUAAGAAGCCAGGAUUUACUUACUCAUUAUUCAUAACUGUUUUGGCAACAUCAUUAAUUUGGAUCAGUAGUUUGUUACACAUCUGCAAGAAUGCUGGAGCUGAGCUGUUUCUAUAUAUUCAUGUCCCUGUUCUUACACUGCUUCUCUCUACUGGUGGUGUUAAGAAUUGUAAGAGAAAAUUCCAUACUGAAAAUUAUUUAUGAAAUUUGUUUGCCUUUUCAGUAGCCUUUUUCAGCAGCAGGAGACACUCCUAAAUUGUAGCAGGGGGAUAUCUGCCUGUGCCUCAUAGAGUGGUGUAUUCAAAUCACUGCUAAAAAUGGGACUGACUUGUGCUCACUGAAAAGAGAGUAUGGUUCUUUGCAGUUUUCUGAAGUGUCCCACCUCGAACAGCAGAUGGGUUGUGUUUAGGUCAAAACUCCACUUGUCCUUUCACACCAACCAGCCUACUCAGAACAGGAAGUACCUGGGAACAGUCAGGCACUGGACUGGAUGUGGAAUCUGCAAAUCACACACUGAGACUGAACCCUCCCUGCUUCUCUGCUGUGGGAUGUGAUCAAAGAGUCAGCAAUCUGUAGGUGGUUUCUACAGCUUUAGACUGCUCAAGUUCUGUUGCCUGUCAGAUGAAGUCUUGCUUUGUUUUCUGUAAAAAACUGUGUUCAUAUGUUACCAAGUUUAUUGCUCCACAGUUCAACAGAACCCUUUGGGUUUAUUUUAAGCUUAAAAUGCUUUUGUGGAUUGUUUUUCACCUCUUGCUUAGGCCAGCAAGAGUAUACUUUUGGAAUGUACAGUUUUAACCUUUCGCUUUUGUUGUUUUGUGUGCAAAUCAAAGCAAUAAAGCUUACAAUAAAGUUG